UUCAUUAUUUGUGUACUGCAUUAUACAGGAUUUAAACAUCUUAACAAACGCCCAUCGAUUUAGCUAGCUAUCUCACUUGAAUUAUAGCUAUGUCGUGAAAGUGGCGUCGAAAUAUGCCAGUUUUCAUGACAAAUUGUUUAAUCACUUUUCCUUGUUAUAAAUAUCUUGAAGAGCAUUAGUUUGUGUCGUUCAACGACUUUAAUAACCUGACGAGAACACUUGUGCGAACUGGAGAAGACUUACUACCAUCAAUCGCUUCACAUAAAAAUGAGAGAGACGAAAGAAAAAAAGGAAAAACUGCAAGAUAAUGUAGCCGUACGAUGAGCAAGCCGGCUACGGACAGGCCAUGGAUGCAGGCAGCGCAGCAACUAGUCUAUAUAAUGCGUAUCCCAAUCCUGGCGCUGCUGCUAUUCACCUAGUCUCUGGUCAACAUCCUACAGCAGGCUUUAGUAACGCGCCGAAUCCAAGCUAUCAUGGAACUGCAGCAGCAAACGUACCGACCGUAAUCAGCGCUGUUUCGGACAUUCACAAAAGGGAUAAAGAAUUAAUCUAUGGCCAUCCGCUCUUUCCAUUGCUCGCUUUGAUUUUUGAAAAAUGUGAACUGGCGACUUGCGCACCUCGCGAGCCUGGUGCUGUUGGUGGGGAUGUAUGUUCGUCAGCGUCGUUCAGCGAGGAUAUUUCUGUGUUUGCAAAACAGUUCAAAAGCGAGAAACCUUUAUUCAGUCAAAAUCAUGAAAUUGACAGUCUGAUGGUACAAGCAAUACAAGUUCUUCGCUUUCACUUACUCGAGCUUGAAAAGGUACACGAGUUGUGCGAUAACUUUUGCAAAAGGUACAUAUCCUGUUUGAAGGGGAAAAUGCCCAUAGAUUUGGUUAUGGACGAACGCGACGCUGAUGGUAAAUUGCGGUCAGAUAGUGUAGGCUCCGACGACAGCGGUGACAAUCGCGGAAAUGCUGAAAACAUUCAGAGUACAAGUGAAACACCAAGUUGGUCACAUGACUCUGGACUAGACUUAAGUCACGCGGACUCUAGAGUUUCUAUGACGUCACAAUCUUCACUGGGGGCUGACACGUCUUCGCCUGAAGGAUUAGACGCCAGUCUUCACGCGGCUCUCGGUGGAGACGAUAGCGUUUUCGAUGACGAUGAAAACGACAAGGAUAAGAAGAAGCAAAAGAAAAGAGGAAUAUUUCCUAAAGCAGCGACAAACAUCAUGAAAGCUUGGCUAUUUCAGCAUCUUACGCAUCCUUACCCAUCUGAGGAACAGAAAAGGACUUUAGCUCAGGAAACUGGACUUACAAUCUUACAAGUCAACAAUUGGUUUAUCAACGCUAGACGACGUAUUGUCCAACCAAUGAUUGACGCGUCGAACCGAGCCGGAAAGUCGCCAGUCGUCACUGUGUUCAAGUCACCGAGACGACGCGGAGGAAAGAACGGAAGCCAAGGGAUACCCUCACCAUCGAGAUUUGGACCCUCUGGUCCUGGACAUCUGACCCCACCUGGAUAUUACCCAGAGCACGCUCAGAUGCACCCCAACUACCAUAUGCCCGAACCUGUAUCAGGUCAAUCACCGCACUUUUCACCCCGGGGUUAUAUUCCAGGUGGUGAACCCUCACCCGGAGGAAUGCCUGGUCAUCUGGGAAGCUCCCCCGUGCCUCAUAGCAUGCAUGCGCAAAUGCAGGCAGCACAUGCUUAUCGAGCUCAAGUACCGACUGGGCAAGGACACUCGCAGGCGAUGUACAUACCUAGUCACCAAAUGAUUAUGACGCCAGCAGGACAUGCUCAUGCUCAGUUUCCUCCAUCACACGGUCAAGUAUUAACUCCUAGUCACCAGUCUUCAUCUCCGUCUUUACUCCCUCCUGAUACAAUGACUCAACAGGUCGUAGAUAUUCAUUCUUCGUGAAAGGGACGAAAAUGAACGACAACCUGAAUCAAAAAAGGAAGGAAAAAAUCUUGGUGUUUGUUUCGUACUUCAUAUCGUGAAAAACGAUGCUCACGUCACCAAUAAACUACGUCAAGCUGAAUACGUCAGAUGUAAAUAACGAGAAGAUGUUUUACGCAAUGUUGAGGGAACAACAAACAAUGUUUCUAAUUUAAAAAUAGAGAACUAAAAGAAAUAAUAAUAUUUUGUUCGCAUAGUUGAAGAAUUAUAUUUUGUACAUUGUAUUUUGAAUUACGUCAAAUGAUUAUUGUUAAUGUGCAGUCGAAAUAUUAGAAAAUUAUUUGAAACGUUGGUGAUUUUAUUCUUUUCGUUCAUAUCGCAACUCGUUUUGUUUCUUGAGAAAAAAAAUGUGUAAAUGACAAAUUUAUUGUUUUAUGUUGAUAUGUACAUAUAUAUGAAUAAGCAAGUUUCGUGUUUGGAAGAAAGAAAAUACUACACAAAAA